AUGGUUGACUCCAACACCUACGCGAUCCUGGGUGCUACGGGCAAUUGCGGCACCGCCUUGAUCGAGAACCUGUCAAGGAGGCCAGAUACCGGCGUCCAUGCCUAUUGCCGCUCUCGCACCAAGCUGUUGCGAUCAAUACCCGACCUGAAAGAAGGAGGCAAGGUCAAAAUCUUUGAAGGUAGCAUCCACGAUGUGGACCUGGUGGCCUCUUGUAUCUCCAACUGUCGCGCGGUAUUCCUGGUCGUCUCAACCAACGACAAUAUCCCCGGCUGUCGCAUGGCCCAGGACACGGCCGCGACAGUCAUCGAAGCUCUCAAACUGCUCCGCAAACGGGCAAUCGUCCACAAUAGCGGCGACGUCAGACAAGGUCCGAUGACCACGCCGAAGCUGAUCCUCCUCUCGUCGUCCACGAUCGACAGCCACUUUUCGCGCCACAUGCCAUACCUCCUACGACAGGUCCUCCUUUGCUCAGCCUCUCAUGUCUACCGAGACGUCGAGGAGGCGGAAAAGCUCAUCCGCGCGGAAGACAAAUGGCUCACUGGGAUCUACAUGAAGCCGGGCGCAUUAUCGGUCGACGAGCAGCGAGGCCACGCUGUGAGCUUGACCGAUCAAGACGGGCCGGUGUCUUACCUUGAUUUGGCGGCUGCGAUGAUCGAGGCCGUGGAUGAUGGCAGUGGACAGUACGACGGGCAGAACGUCAGCGUGGUGAAUACUAAUGGGAGAGCCAAGUUUCCUGCCGGCACUCCGAUGUGUAUCUUGAUGGGGCUUUUGAGGCAUUUCUUCCCCCAUCUACACGACUAUCUGCCAGGGAAUCUAGGACCUCGCUAG